UGUUACUUACAGAACAUUUCUUCAUUUUGAGUCGAGGUGUCUAAGAACGCUGAGCCCAGUGUGGCACCUCUGAGACUCUGCACCAUGCCCCCCAAGUUGCAGAGCAUUCUCCCAGCCCUGUACCUCCUUGGAGUCUUGACCCUACUGCUGUGCCCUUCAGGCCUGUGUGAUUGCAGAACGCCUCCUAGGAUUGCCCAUGGAUCCCAUCAUGACAUAAGUUCAUUUUUAUCCUUUACGACUGUAAUGCACUAUGAAUGUGAUGAAGGAUAUGUUCUGGUUGGACACCCCCAAAUCACCUGCAGAAGUUCACAAUGGUCAUCUCCAGCCCCUCAGUGUAAAGCUCUGUGUCUGAAACCAGAGGUAGAAAAUGGAAAUCUGUCCGCGGAUAAAGACCUAUUUAUUGAGUCUGAAAAUGUCACCAUCCAGUGUGACUCUGGCUAUGGUGUGGUCAACUCUCAGAACAUUACCUGCUCUGAAAACAGAACCUGGUACCCAGAGGUGCCCAAGUGUGAGUGGGAAGUCCAUAAUGGCUGUGAGCAAGUGGUAGAAGGCAGUAAACUCAUGCAGUGUCUCCCAAACCCCGCGGAUGUGAAAAUGGCCCUGGAGGUGUACAAACUGUCUCUGGAGAUUAAACGACUCAAGCAAGAGUAAGACUUGAACAGGAACACCAGUUAGAAAUGAGUACAUCGAUUUCCCCUCAC